CCGCCGCCGGGCCUUGCUUCACCGUGUGGGCGCCGGUGGCGGGAGGAGGGACGGACCCCGUCGCCGCCAGCCUGCGGACUGACUGUGACCAUGGCUACCGAGUCGGAUGUCCUCCACUUUCAGUUUGAGCAGCAAGGGGAUGCCGUCCUCCAGAAGAUGAACCUCCUGCGACAACAGAAUCUAUUUUGCGACGUGUCGAUAUGCAUCAAUGACACGGAGUUCCACGGACACAAGGUCAUCUUUGCCGCCUGCUCCACUUUUAUGCGGGAUCAGUUUCUGCUCAAUCAGUCAAAACAGGUCAGGAUCACCAUCCUGCAGAGCGCCGAGGUGGGACGGAAGUUGUUGCUCUCUUGUUAUACUGGGGCGCUGGAGGUGAAAAGAAAGGAGCUUUUGAAAUACUUGACUGCCGCGAGUUACCUCCAGAUGGUUCACAUUGUGGAGAAAUGCACAGAGGCUUUGUCCAAGUAUCUGGAAAUAGAUCCAACCGUGAAGGGGAACAGUCACCACGCCGAAGCGUGCCAUUCCUCUGACCCCGAAGUAAGGAACGAAGGGGAAAUGUUUGAUAAAGACUGCGAAAUCAUUGAGAUAGCUGAAAAUAGCCCUCUCAACUUGGAGCUCCAGGUGAAACAAGAAAAGUCCAUCGCGCCGCAGCCAGCUGUACAGAGUCUGGUUUCGGAAAGAAAGGAGGUGAAAACCCCAGAGAUUUCUGCCGUAGAGAUAGGCUAUAAAGAUGAAGAAAUCUGCGUUUUCAGGAUGGAUCCCCUCGGUGCGGCGGGUGUGGAAAGUGGACAGUUUUCCCAGCCCUGUACGUCCUCUAAAACGAACUUGUAUUUCCCAGAAACGCAACAUUCCCUGAUAAAUUCUACAGUGGAGAGCCGACUGACUGAGGUUCCCGGGAAUCACUUUCCGGGACUGACGGGCGAGAGUACGGAAGGAAACCAGAGCGCAGGGAACGGGCUCCCGAGCCUCGAGGUGGGGUACUCGUGGCGGCAUCAGUGCCCAAAGUGCCCGCGAGGGUUCCUCCACCUCGAAAACUACCUACGGCACCUGAAGAUGCACAAACUGUUCUUGUGCUUACAGUGCGGGAAAACGUUUACGCAGAAGAAAAACCUCAAUAGGCACAUCCGAGGUCACAUGGGGAUCAGGCCGUUCCAGUGCUCCGUUUGCCUGAAGACCUUUACGGCCAAAAGUACCCUUCAGGACCACUUGAAUAUCCACAGUGGGGACAGGCCCUACAAAUGUCACUGUUGCGAUAUGGACUUCAAGCACAAGUCCGCCUUGAAAAAGCAUCUUACGUCCGUCCACAGGAGGAGCGGCGGCGACAAGCCAAACCUGGACACAAUUACAAAAGUCAAAAUAGACUACGAUUAGUAGGAUGGCCUGCUCUCCGUCUCUGGAGCCGCUUUGCGGUUUCGGCUGGCAGUCCCUAACGCUAUAACUUUUAUUAAGACUUCUGGAGUUGUUACAGAAAGAACUGACAGGUUUCCGGUCCGUUCCGUAUAUCAGCCACGUAAACGAUGUGGUUGACUUUCAGGGACGUAAUCUUUGUUGCAUAUGGGGAUGUGAUGGACAGAACUAUUUAAGCGGUCCCGUUUUUACUGGUAACAUGUGAAUGACAAAAGAACAAAUCCGGAACCCCCAUUUUCAGUCGUUAAAGUCACUUCUGAGAGCCACUCGCUGUUUAAAAGAAAACCAGUGUGAUUUUGACUUUUUUGGCCUGAAAGCUUUUAGAAAUGUUUAGUUUAUUUCUAAGCUUAGCGAUAGUCCGUUAAAAAUAUUUGUCCCCUGUGCAGAGCACUUGACUAGGUGCAGACAAAAGCGCGGCUGUCUAGUUAAUUGGUUGAUAGUUCAAUGGAAUAGGCUCGUAGUUCACCAAGCAUGUGUGAAUUAAUAAUAGUAAUAAUAAUAAUGAUGGUGUUUGUUAAGCGCUUACUAUGUGUGAAGCACCGUUCUAAGCGCUGAGCACUGUUCGAAUUGUAUUUCACGUGCCAAUAUUGCAUUUUAAAAUAUCUCUAGUUUUUGUUUACAGUAUUAGCAUAAAAGACUUGUCCAACACAUUAGGAACGACUGCUCAGUUGGCGCACACUCUCUAGGCUAUUAUCUGUUCAGAGGAUAUAGAGAGAGAGAAUCGCGCCAACAAAAUGAAACCCUAAAACAAGCUCCUUGGUUUUGAAAGCCGUAUUUCUCUGAAAGGUAUUCAUUCUGUCCUAUCGUCUUACUGUAGUUGCCAAUAAACAUUUAAGGCGUUUUCCCUUAGCCUUUCAAUGUUUCAA